GAGCUCGUUCUAUUCUGCUCCUUCACCGCUGCUGCUCCUUCACCCACGAGGCUGCUCCUUCUCGUUCGAGAUUGAACAAGCUAAUUGGUGAUUAGUCAAUUUCAGUAGAAGUUCGUUACGCCUGGAUUCAUCUCCACGCUUCUGUCCAUUGCUUUCUAUUAUUUGUCCAAGUUGAUUCGCAAAGGUUAAAUGGCAUCUCAAAAAGAGAUAUUCAAUGCAAAGUGGACUGAGCCUUUAACCAACAUGUUUGUAAGUUUGUUGGUUAAGGAGGUCAAAAAGGGAAAUCGCACAUCUUCUACUUACAACAAAGUUGGGUGGAAUAAUAUACGGACUGAAUUCAUUAAACAGUCAGGAUACCAAUAUACCCUAGUUCAGUUGAAGAACAAGGUGAACAAACUGAGGAAACAAUAUGGUAGUUUUAAGAAGCUUCUUUCGCAAUCCGGAUUUGGCUGGGAUAAUGUGAAUAAAACUGUUGUUGUCGACGAUCCAAGUAUUUGGGAAUCUCACAUCAAGGAUAAUAGUGAGUGGACAAAAUUCAAGAAGGAUGGAUUUCCCCUGUAUCCUGAGCUGUGUAUUGUAUUUGGUGGUACAUAUGCUACUGGGGAGCAUGCUAUAGGAAAUGCCGAAGAUUUGACGGUGUCAGAGGAAGGUGACAAUGGUGGUGGCGAUGCAGACAGUGAUCUAAAGGACUUGAGUGAUCACCACAUUGAUGAGACAGUCUUUACAUCCGGCAAUAGUGCCGAUCCAGUUCAUGUGAAGCACCGUUUGGAUAGGACUCCAAAUGCCAAGAGGAGAAGAAAGAAUACCUCAUCUUGCAUUGCUGACACUUGCAAAGCUAUACAGGAGCUGAUCAAAACUAAGACAGGUCAAUCUGUGAGUGGCUCUGCCACCUCACGGGUCACAGAACCACCUGUGGACCCUUACUCCGUAUCUGCCGUCAUUGAUAGCCUACUUAAUAUGCCCGACUUGGGACCAGAUCGUUAUAGCAAAGCUAUAGAACGAGCAUGUGUUAGUGCCGCAUGGAGGGAGGCUUUCAUCAAAACCCCAGCUGAAUGGAAAAAUGCACUUAUUGAAUCUCUUUACUAGAUGUUGGGAAAUGUACUGUUGAUUGUGUGAGGUUUCAUUUGAUUGUAUGACUUAUGUUAGUACUUGAUAUUUGGUUUUUAGAGAUAUUGAUCUUGAGACUCUUGUACUUUUGUGGUGCCAUGGGUACACCAAACUGUUUAGGUGCUAUUUAUAUAUUUGGUUUGCUUUCACUUUA